CUGCUAAAUCUGUUCCAAAGCCAAGGGUAGACAGCCAGUACGAGGGAAGUGUUGCUUCUUUAAAUGGACAUCUGCUCUUGCGGUAUGGCCCAGAUAUCCAGUAGCAAUGGAUUUAAACAGCGCUCUUCACCUUCUUUGGCAGCUGCCAGGUCAAAAGAUGUGGACAAAGAGGAGGCGCUGCAGAUGGAAGCUGAGGCAUUAGCUAAGAUGCAGAAAGAAAGAGUUGUAGCUGGUAAUAAACAAACUUUUCAUUCUUUAAGCGGCACCAGACAAAAAGCACAGACUCAUAACAAACAGGACCAUGAUCUCAUGGUGUUUCCAGAGUCUGAUGCCAAGAGCAUGGAAGAUAAACUAAGUACCAUUGACAUAGAGAAGCUUACUCAUGCUGAACUAGAGAAACUGCUGCUGGAUGACAGUUUUGAAUCUAGUAAAGUACCUACGUUACCAGUGAGUCCUAUUUUGAGCCCAUCUGUGUCUUCACAAUUUUAUCUUGGGCCUAUGGGUCAGAGAAGACAGUGGAUGCCUGGGAUACCAGCACCUGUGACAUGCACUUUACCUCCUAUUUACCCCUCAGCUGCUUACACAAAACAGACUGGUAUAUUUCAAAAUGGAUUCCAUCCAAAUAUGUCUUCCUAUUACUCCAGAGAACCUAUUUAUCUUGGUCUUCCAAGGCAGUCACAAUACAUUUCAUACCCAUUGGCAGCUACUACACCGUUCCAUCCACAAGGAAGCCUACCUAUAUAUCCUCCAGUACUUACACCAGAAAUGGCAAAAGUAUUUGACAAAAUUGCAAGCACCUCAGAAUUUCUGAAAAAUGGGAAGUCAAGCACGGACUUAGAAAUGACUGCUAUAAAGUCUGCAGUUUCUAACCUGCCAGCCUCGGAAAGCUGCAGGGAUGUUAGUAAAUUUGAUUGGUUAGAUUUGGAUCCUCUAAGUAAACCAAAAGUGGAUACUGUGGAGACUUUAAAUAAGGCGGAGAAUGAUGGAGAGAGGGCUUCAAGUAUGACUGCUGAAGAUCCAUGGGAUGCUGUGCUCUUAGAAGAAAAGCUGUUAGUAACUUGUCAUCUGGAAAGAAAAGUUAAUGGGAAAUCUUCUGGAGCAACAGUUACAAGGAGCCAGUCCUUAAACAUGCGAACGACUCAACUUGCAAAGUUACAGGGCCAAACAUCACAGUUGCAGAAAGACAAUGGGACCACUGGCGUGCUGACAGAAAACGUGCUUCUCCAAGAAAUUGAAGGGCAGAAUCAAGAACUGUCAGCUUUUUCUCAAGCAGUUAUGAAAUUGAGGACCAAAUUUCCUUAUGCUAAUUGGCAAACAAAUCCAGGCUUUGUGCUGAGUCCAAUCAUGCUGCAAAGAAAUAUAAGUGGGGAGAAUGCCAGUAUCAAGGUUUCUAUAGAAAUUGAAGAAUUCCAGCAACCAGUAACUUUCACGUGUGAUGUGAGUUCCCCUGUUGAGCUUAUAAUAAUGCAGGCACUUUGCUGGGUGCAUGAUGACUUGACUGAAGUGGACAUUGGCAGCUAUAUCCUGAAAGUCUGUGGCCAAGAAGAAGUUUUACAGAAUAAGCACUGCGUAGGAAGUCAUGAAUAUAUUCAGAACUGUCGGAAGUGGGAUAUAGAAAUCAAACUGCAGCUCUUGACCCAUAGUGUAAUAUGCAGAGAUCUGGCACGAACAGAAGAUGAUGACAGAACACCUAUACAUCUAACCAAACACCUCUACAAAGUAGAAAAGCCUUUCAGAGAACCUAUUAUAAGGUCUUCUAUUGAAGAGCUUCUUGAUGUGUAUCACAAGCAAGUUAACAUAGCUCUUAAAAAUGAGAACCAGCAUAAAGCAGUAGAUCAUGUAAUUAAGACUGUCAGAAAAAUCUGUUCUACAUUGGAUUGUGUAGAGACUCCUGCAAUAACGGAAUCAGUAAAGAAGCUAAGGAGGGCUGUUAAUCUUCCAAGGACUAAAAAUGCUGAGGUAUCCUUAAAAUGUGGUGAUGACACUAGCAAGAGCUCAUCUGGUUCACUGCAGCCUGAAAACCCUCUGAAAGUGAGUAUAGACCAGUUAACAAGAGCAGUUGAGGCCCUUCUGCGACUCCACAUGAAUUCAUGUAGCAGUUCUGCAGCAGUUUCUCCAAAAGAUAGUAAGAGUACUAAGGAAGCAUGGAUUGCCACAGAACAUCUCCAGUUCACAGUAUUUGCUGCGCAUGGAAUUUCUCCUGGUUGGGUAUCAAAUUAUGAAAAAUACUACUUGAUUUGUUCUCUGACCCAUAAUGGAAAAGAUCUGUUUAAACCUGUUCAGUCCAAGAAGGUUGGCACAUACAAGAACUUCUUCUACUUGAUUAAAUGGGAUGAACUAAUAAUUUUUCCCAUCCAGAUUUCACAGCUGCCUUUGGAAUCAGUCUUAUGUCUGACUUUGUUUGGAAUCUUAAAUCAAAGUAGUGGGAGUUCUCCUGACUCAAAUAAGCAGAGAAAGGGCCCAGAAAUUUUGGGUCAGGUUUCUCUACCUCUUUUUGAUUUUAGGCGACUGUUAACUUGUGGGACAAAGCUCUUGCAACUCUGGACCUCAUCACAUCCGCAUCAUGCAUCAGGGAUGGCCAGUAGGAAAGGAAAUAUGGAAAGAAUAGUAUUGCAGAUUGACUUCCCAUCCCAUGCUUUUGAUAUUGAAUAUAAAAUUCCUCAAGCUGCAAAGACUACUGUGCGUCAUUCCAUAGAAACAUUAGAAAAACCAUUGAGAGAACGUCUCCUUGCCAUUCUCUCAAAGGAUAACACUAUUGGGCUGUCAAAAGAAGAUAAAGAAUUUUUGUGGGAGAAGAGACAUUAUUGCCAUAGUCAUACUAGUAGCCUACCAAAAAUAUUGGUUAGUGCCCCUCAAUGGGACUGGGCAAGUCUUCCAGAAAUAUAUUCAUUACUUCAACAGUGGCCUCCUUUAUCACCCUUAGCUGCACUGGAACUACUUGAUUCAAAGUUUGCUGAUCAGGAAGUACGAAAUACAGCUGUGAAUUGGAUAGAGAUAUUAAGUGAUGAUGAGUUAACAGAUUUCCUUCCUCAAUUUGUGCAGGCAUUGAAGUAUGAAACCUACCUUGACAGCGCUCUUGUCAAAUUUCUUUUGGCUCGGGCACUGGGAAGCAUUCGAAUAGCACACUACCUAUAUUGGCUUCUUAAGGAUACACUGUAUGAUACAAAGUUUGGUGUAAGGUAUGAGCAAAUUCUUGGAGCUUUUCUUUCAGUCUGUGGAAAAAGGCUGAGGGAAGAGCUGGAGAAGCAGACCAGACUGGUGCAACUUUUUGGAAUGGUAGCAGAAAGAGUAAAGCAAACAAGUGGAUCUGCUCGGCAGGCUGCCUUGCAAAAUGGUAUGGAACGUGUGCAGUUAUUUUUCUUGAAGAACAAAUGCCGUUUGCCUCUCAAUCCCAGUCUUGUGGCAAAAGAGCUAAAUAUUAAGGCAUGUUCUUUCUUCAGCUCCAAUGCAGUACCGCUGAAAGUUGCACUGAUAAAUGCAGACCCUCUGGGAGAAGAAAUUAACGUGAUGUUUAAGGUUGGAGAAGAUCUGAGACAAGAUAUGUUGGCUUUACAAAUGAUUAAGAUUAUGGAUAAGAUCUGGCUGCAGGAGGGACUGGACCUACGGAUGGUUAUCUUCAAGUGUCUUUCAACUGGAAAAGACCGAGGCAUGGUAGAGCUUGUUCCUGCUUCAGAUACACUUAGGAAAAUUCAAGUGGAAUAUGGAGUAACAGGUUCUUUUAAAGACAAGCCUCUGGCAGAAUGGUUGCGAAAGUAUAAUCCUACAGAGGAGGAGUAUGAAAAGGCUUCAGAAAACUUCAUUUACUCUUGUGCAGGAUGCUGUGUAGCUACUUAUGUAUUGGGAAUUUGUGACCGCCACAAUGAUAACAUAAUGCUCCGAAACACAGGACAUAUGUUUCACAUUGACUUUGGAAAAUUUUUGGGUCAUGCGCAAAUGUUUGGUAGCUUUAAAAGGGAUCGAGCUCCUUUUGUGCUAACAUCGGAUAUGGCUUAUGUCAUUAACGGUGGUGAAAAACCCACUAUUCGCUUUCAGUUGUUUGUGGAUCUCUGUUGUCAAGCUUACAAUUUGAUAAGAAAACACGCAAACCUCUUCCUUAACCUGCUUUCAUUGAUGCUUUCUUCUGGGUUACCAGAACUAAGUGGGGUUCAGGACUUGAAGUAUGUUCAGGAUGCUCUCCAGCCCCAAACGACAGAUGCAGAAGCUACCAUUUUCUUUACAAGGUUGAUUGAAUCCAGUCUGGGAAGUGUUGCCACAAAGUUUAACUUCUUCAUUCACAAUUUGGCUCAGCUGCGUUUCUCAGGUCUACCUUCUAAUGAUGAACCCAUCCUCUCAUUUUCUGCUAAAACAUAUUCUCUUAAACAAGAUGGCCGAAUCAAACAAGUGUCUGUGUUUACAUAUCAGAAGAGAUAUAACCCAGAUAAACAUUAUAUCUAUGUAGUGAGAGUUUUGAGAGAAGGGCAAGCUGAGCCAACAUUUGUCUUCCGAACAUUUGAUGAGUUCCAGGAGCUCCACAACAAACUAGGCAUUCUCUUUCCUCUUUGGAAGUUACCAGGCUUUCCUAAUAAGAUGGUUCUGGGAAGAACACACAUAAAAGAUGUAGCAGCUAAAAGAAAAGUGGAGCUCAACAGCUACAUACAGAGUCUGAUGAACAGUUCUUCAGAGGUGGCAGAAUGUGAUCUUGUUUAUACUUUUUUCCAUCCAUUACUUCGUGAUGACAAAGUGGAAGGAAUAGAUGGAAUAGCCAGACCUACAGAUGCAAGUCCAUCAAGUCCUAACUCAGGCAAAGUGGGAGGAGAAGUGAAGCUAUCCAUAUCAUAUAGAAAUAGCACUCUAUUUAUCAUGGUGAUGCACAUUAAAGACCUGGUUACAGAAGAUGGUGCAGAUCCAAAUCCCUAUGUAAAAACAUACUUACUUCCAGAUACGCACAAAACAUCCAAACGCAAAACCAAAAUCUCCCGGAAGACAAGAAAUCCAACUUUCAAUGAAAUGCUUGUGUACAGUGGAUAUAGCAUGGAGACUCUGAAACAGAGAGAACUUCAGUUAAGUGUGCUCAGUGCAGAGUCGUUACGUGAGAACUUUUUCUUGGGUGGAAUUACACUCUCACUAAAGGACUUCAACUUGAGCAAGGAGACUGUUAACUGGUAUCGACUAACUGCUGUACCCUAUCUGUGAACUUAUUUCUACACCUGAGUAAGACCAGAACAAUUGUAUUCACUUGUGCUUUGUGCAUCUUCCUACUUGAAGAUAACUUGUACAUCUUAAAAUAAGAGACUCUGCAUUUCAACAGAUAUGUUGGACCAAUGUUUGUGUAGCCUAAUUUGGAGGAUUUCUAGAAAACCUGGGUUACGCUUAUGCGAUGUUAUCAAAGCAUCACUAUAAAUGUUUUAAGAGUUGCGGGUAAAGGAAGGGGUUUUUAAACCAUCCAUGCAAGUGAAAUGAACAGUUUGACCAUGCUAGUUGCUUAAACCAUAACUUAAUCAUUAGGCCUGUGGAUAUAGUGCAUUUUUGCUUUUAAUUUUUGUUGCCUGUGUUGUGUCAUCCAUGGCAUGAUGCUGGAGAACAUCAAAGAAAUGACAUUUUUAGGAUUACAUUCCCACUACUAACUAGACAUCACAGAAGCAGUGAUGGGUAAAACUUUGGUGGCUUCACACACACCUGUAGAAAUGAAGGUUGAAGGUCUGGAAAAAUUCCUUAGCGUUGCAUUUAAUCCCAGAUUCAUGCUUCUCUAAGACUUAUUGGAGUGAGUGCCAAUAAUGGAAGUUGUAAAUAAUGGUGCCUUAUAAUUCAAAUGCUUCUCUUUUACCUCAUUUCUGGUAUUUAAAUAUGUAUACGUGUUAACUUUCAGCCCCUUUAAAAGGGGAAACGUUCUCGUAUUUGAUAACUUGCAGGUCCUACUGGAAGUCUUUUCCUGAGAUGUGUUCCUUACAAAUAAUAUCACUUAUCCUGAUCUUCAUGGUUAGUGCAACUUAUGUAAAUUUUUUCUACCCCAUUGUCUACCCAUGAUCUCCAAAAACUGAAUGAAGACUGGAUGAAUGUGGCGCCAUAGGAAAUGUGCCCAGCUUCUCAGUGUUUUCAAAUGUCUUAAUUUCUAGACCUUUUAAAUACUACAGUGAUUAAAUGUGGAACAGAUUCAAACACUAAAUCCAAAGUGGCAUUUGCACCUAAAUUACUUACCUGUACCUCAUAUGGUCUCUAGUUAAAAAGCACAACUGCUGGAUGAAUUGUAGGCCAAAAUGAGUUGCAUUAACAGAGCUUUGAGAGAGGAACUUGCUCACUUCUUUUAACAGUUCACAGCAACACUGUUUCUCAUUCCCAGUAAGAAUUAAUACUUAAUUCCAAGAAACACUAGAUUUGAACUAUAUUGUGACAGUGGAGUACAAAUGUGACUUACUGUCUCCCGUUAAUACCCCUGGUUGGUUAAUUAGGUGUUUCUGCACUACAGGCAUAGCCUUUUUAUUCACCUUACUUGGUGCUUAGGAUGGUCAUGUUCUGUCUAAACACAGCUAUAGGGUAAAGUUGCGCACUUUUCUUUAGUACUAAAUCUUGAAGCAAAACAGACUAUCACCACUGACUAUGACUAGAACGAAAUUGUAAAGUAAAAUAUGCAACUAUGAAGACACAAUAUGGGGAAAGCCUUCUCUACACCCAACACUAAAAACCGAUUUCAUAAUCUGAUUUUUCCUUCCCCUGCUACUGACCAAUCUCCCUUCAAUACAGGAGAGAGAAGUAAACUUGAAUAUCCUGGUGCCUAAAAUAUUCAUGGUCCAAUUUCCUAGGAAUUAUUACAAUUAAAAACUUAAGAAUAUCUUGAAUGUUAGAAACUGGGUUGAUACUAAUGGGCGCUAACAAAUCCCAGUUUUAUUAGGCAUCUUCUGUGUCUUUUUCAUGUAGUAUAUAGCAUGUAAAUAAUAAACUAUAUAACUAACUAGAUAUAUUUCCUGCUCACUUGAUGCUUUUGAGACUUACUCCAUUCCAUCAUUAGAAUCACAAGUCACUUAAAACACAGGAAAGUAGACUACUGUUUUUGUGAAACGUUCCAUUGUGAAAUAAAAUGAAAGCAAUAUGUACUGCCUUUUUUGCAGUUUGCUAUUAAAGCACAGUAUCUUACAGCACAAAAUACAAAUAAACUAAAAUCAUUUAAAAAAUGAUUUGCAGUUUUAACAGUUGUCUGGACUCUGGAAAAAAAAAAGUAUAGUACUGUAUUAUUGUUAGCACUUGUCCUGACUUCUGAUUUAAUCUUCUUCAUAGCUUAACUCAUUUUGUGCCUUUCCCUUCCUUUUCAAAAUAGCCACUGGCUGAAGCUUUUUAUGGUCAUGGUUUUUUAUUUUGUCUAUGGGAUCUGGCCUUGGCCUCUCCUCACAUGUAGAGGAACAGCACCAAGCUUGCACCUCUUUGCACUAUUCUCAAUUAAGAAAAAAGUGAUUAUGGCAAUAAGACUUUAAUGUACUGCGUACAAAAAAAAAAAAGGAAAGAUAUUCGAUUGGGGUGGAGUUGACCAGUACAUGAAGUAGCUUGAAAACAUAGUUUUAACAGCUUUUUAUAUCUUGUUUAAUGAGAAGAAAAAAAAUCUUUUAUGCAUUGUAUGACCUGCAGCCAGAAAUACAAUUGUCUGUACAGACCUUGUUUUGGUAUGUCAGAGUAACAGCUUGCGUUUGACCUCUUCCUUUUCUUUAUUAACCUAGAACUUUGCACUGAACUUUUUAUUACUGCCUUUUUACGAUCUGCAGCUACCUCUCUCUGGAAGCACGUGCGAUCGUUGACAGAAGCUCUUUUCUCUAUUUUUACGACUAGGGUUGUGUAGAAAGCCCCCUGCCCUGCCUUACCGCCAGGGCUCUUCCUCGGGCUCGCCGCCUUCCCCUCCCUUGCGCUCCGUACUCGGGCACUGUGACUGGGACGGCGCUAUCGGUGGUGAAAGUCAGUGAGAGCAAAUACUUUGCCUCCCCUUGUCUAUAUAGCUGUAAGAACCAAAUACGUUAAUUAAACGAGCUCGUUAAUAAAGAUGUACGAUAUUGC